AUGGAAGCAGCCGGGCUGAUGAACGACUUUCCGUGUCUCGUCAUCAGAGGCAUCUGUGACUACGCCGACUCACAUAAGAACAAGAGAUGGCAGCCAUACCCGGCGGCGGUGGCAUCAGCAUACAUGAAGGAGCUGCUGAUGGUCGUCCCAGCUCAACAAGUGGCGCAGACGCGGAAUGCCGUCGAAAGUGCAGCAUCGCGUGAGUUCUCUUCGCCGAAUGUGGGAUAUGAUGCAACAAGCAAAUUCUCCCUCGCGCGGACUCACUUCAACAUGAACAAGUAUGGGAGGCCCACCGAGGAAGACUUUGAGACAGUGGGGAAUGUUGUCAAGAAGAUGGGGGCAGCCAUGCGUAGCAAUCUUGCACAAGGGAACGCUGUUAAUUGCACAGACCCUAUUUCACGACCUAGACAGGGCAGAAGUGACAAGGGAACACACCGAAAUAAGUGCUUUGCAUGUGGAAAAUUGGGGCAUUGGGCAAGUGACUGUCCUGACGACAACUCUAGCUGGAUGAACAGGAAAUAUUCAUCCUCGAUCACACCUGGGGAAACUUCACCUUCAUUGAGAUGGAAGAGACUUGCAGACAACUAUUACAGAGGAGGCGUAAGACCUAUAUCUGAGACCAGCAGUUGA